GAAAUCCAACAAGAAGUGCGUCUGCUUUCAGCGUUCGAAAGUGCCUUACUAUGUUGAUCGAGUUGCAGAUGGCUACUGUUCAAUGCACUAACCAGUAAAAGGGAUGGAACAAUUCCAUGGUAUGAGUGAUGGAAAUAUAAAUAUAAGUGAUGUCAUUGAAGUCAUCCAAACUACUGAUCCUGGGUUUGCAGAGUAUAGUGGAAGGGAGGAUCCACCACCAGUGGAAAUGAACACUGGACGGCUAUUGCCAUAUGUUGAAAUAGUAGAACAACCAGCAAGUAAAGCUUUACGCUUUCGCUAUGAAUGUGAAGGCAGAUCAGCUGGUAGCAUACCUGGUGUAAACAGUACACCUGAGAACAAAACAUUUCCUAGUAUAAGAAUAGUAGGAUACAAAGGCCGUGCUGUAGUUGUAGUAUCAUGUGUAACAAAAGAUCAACCACACAGACCUCAUCCUCAUAAUCUUGUUGGAAAGGAGGCAUGUAAAAAAGGUGUUUGUACGAUAGAAGUUUCAUCAGAAAAUAUGACAGUUACAUUUGCAAAUCUUGGUAUUCAGUGUGUUAAAAAAAAAGACAUUGAAGAUGCACUUAGAAUACGAGAGGACAUUCGUGUAGAUCCCUUUCGAACUGGCUUCGAACAUAAAAGACAGCCUACUAGUAUUGAUUUAAAUGCAGUGAGAUUAUGUUUUCAAGUUUUCUUAGAUGGAUCACAGAAAGGGAAAUUCAAUGUAGCACUACCACCAGUUGUAUCUGACCCUAUAUUUGAUAAAAAGGCAAUGUCAGAUCUUGUGAUAUGCAAGCUUAGUCAUUGCAGUGCAUCAGUGGCUGGUGGUAUGGAAAUGAUUUUACUAUGUGAGAAGGUUGCAAAAGAAGAUAUACAAGUUAGAUUCUUUGAGGAGAAGGAUGGACAAGUGGUUUGGGAAGGACUCGGUGAUUUUCAGCCCACUCAUGUACAUAAACAAACAGCAAUUGCAUUCAGAACACCCACUUAUCGUAUACAGCAAGUGGAACAACCGGUGCAAGUAUCCAUUCAACUCAAAAGACCAUCGGAUGGUGCGACGAGCGAACCGUUACCUUUUCAGAUGUUACCUCUCGGUGCAGAUGAUCCUGAUUCAUUAAGGCGAAAGAGACAAAAGUUUAAUAACAGCCCAAACGCGCUAGUUUUGAGGCAUGUACAGGCAGAAGCUGAAAAGCAUUUAAAGGAAUAUGUAGAAAAAGAUUUUGCAGAUGCUGCGAUGUUAAAUCAACCAAAUCAAUACAAUUUUAACAUUAUCAAGCCAGAGCCAAUAGAGAGGAUAUCUCCGUAUGGAGGUCCGGUCGGAAGUGGAUCUUUUCCAUUGUACUCAAUGGGCACAACUUCUCCACAGCCACAGUCAAGUAUGCAAACCUUGAGACCACAACUAUCGCCAGGUCGCACACCAUCACCAAUGGAGUUCAGCCCGUACAAUCCAGCUCUUAUUCAAUCACAACUAUCACCGCAAUAUCAGUCAGCAAGUAGUCAUAUUGUACAACAGCCAUCAGCCGGAACGCAUGCAGCACAAUAUCCAUACGUACACAACACGUUACAAGCACAGCUGCAAGAACAAUUAGUAUUAAAUAGAAUGACAUCAAACUAUCAAGAUGGAUUGCAUCCAUUGACCAAUACUGGUGCAGUGGAAGGAGCAGAUGUUACAAGUGUUUUAGAUAUGGACAGUCAACAAUAUAGUUUUGACUUGAGUCUGAAUCAACUUGAUUCGGCGGAGCUGGCCGCUUUUGGUACUGCUCUUUCUGAAAAUCUAUCCAGUGGAUUAUCCAUCUCGGAUUCCAUCAAGCCGGAAACGAGCAAGGGAGUGAACGCAGAAGCGAGCAACAUGGAAGAAAAUAACAUGACCGAUAGUUUUACAAGAAUCACUAAUAACACCAUUCAAGAAUUGUGCAAUUUAAAUAGUAUGUAUAAAUCAAGACGGGGAUUUGACGACUGA